AUGGCACAAGUCAUUUCUGUACCUACUCCUUCUCUCAACUUUUAUUGUCCUUCCUCUCCUAAUCCAACUCCUCUCCGACUACUCGCUUUCUCAGUCGCUGAAGCAGCACUCCAACCGGAUCCCAACUCUCCAUCAUUCAACAUAGCAAUGAACAUCGGUAAGAUGCCUACGCCACUUGAGAUGGAUGGUUGGUCACAUCACUCAUCAAGAGAGCCUCAAGCUUCUUGGGAAUCAGUAGUUCCAUGGAACGAAAGGAGAAACACGCAAUCCGCUUUGCAGAAUCGAAGACCGCUAUGGGACGUUGUGGAGCGUGCCAAGGAGAGACGAGUGCAAGAAAGAUCUUCACCAUCGUCAACCGAGUCGACUCUUCCUCAGAGUCCACCCGUUUCUCCUUCUUCAUACAACUUUGUCCUCCCCCCUAACUCUCCCCUGGCCGCGUCUGUCGCUGCAGCUACUUCUCCCACGAAGAAUCCCGCUGUUCCAUCUUCUAUUCCUAGACAAGAUUACUUCCCACUUUUCACGCGAUCAGCUCAACCUUCGCCUGUAGAGACUACCUUCUCUGCUUUGGACCAGACUCGACCUCCUCCAGAGUUCGUCCCUCGACUUUCUGCCAUCGAAUUCUCCGCCAAAUCCAAGAAGACCUCUUCCGUCUCUGCCAAACAUGGUCGAUCCAAAUCCGAUAUUGGAUCACCGUCCACUGAUUCUAUCGAGGUCACAGCUGAAGAGAAGGCUCGAGCUCAGUCUAAAUUACCAGCUGUGUCAUCACGACUACCCAGUCUUGCUCAAAUUCAAGCUCGUAUCUCCACCGAACACAAGCGUGGCACUUCAGCUGGAUCACCCUCUCCAGCCAAAUCCUUACCUAGAAUCAGGACUGUAUAUCGAACUGAAUCUCAAGAAUCUGUAGAGAUAAUCAAGACUCCCACUGAAGAAUCACCCCGACGUGAUGCUCGAAUUGUUCUCGCUUCGAUUCUCAACAGACGACCUGCGACUCCUCCUAGUCCACCUUUAGCAACCCCGGUCAAAGAUAAGGAACCUCGACUUGCACCUUUCUUACGUGAACGGACUUCUGGCCGAUUAUCAGGUGGAAGAGCCAGACCUCUUUCUAUGCCUCCCAUGUCGUUAGGUGAAUUACCUUCUUUCGAAGCUAUCGUAAAAGCCAAUGCUGCUAUCUCAUCCUCUUCCUCUCAACCUGCAUUCAAAAUCACUCCACCAAAGGAGCGAUCAACUUCAUUUACUUCGGUUGUUAAAGAAGGAAAUGUACCUUCACCAACUAGAGGAUCAUUCCCUUGGUCAAUGAAAACGGGUGGUAUGGUCACACCCACAGAAAGUAGAUUCAGACUUCCGUUCGGUAGAGGAACAUCUGGUACGCCAUCACCGAGAAGGUCAUUCACUUCACCUGCUUCUCCUACUGAGAGUGUUAGAUCUUUCAACACCGCCACCUCAAGCCCUUCAUUGUCAGUUCCAAUGAUAACGUGUACACCAGCACCACAGACAGUUUUGAAAAAUGGUGUUGAACAUGAUUCAGAUGAAGAAGAAGGUGAUGUGGUGUUGUUCGAAGGUGAUUCACUAGAUAUCGAUUCUGAUUCUGAAUCAGAUUUCGGAGGAGAAGAUAAAGAGGAAGUAAAAGAGAAAGAAGAAAGGGAAAGAAGAGCUGAAGCCAUGAAGAAAAGGUUAAUGUUGAGACGAAAAUCUGAUUAA